ACAGCCCGAGGACCUCAUGAAUAUGCAGCACUGCAACUUGCUGUGUUUGCCAGAAAAUUACCAGAUGAAGUAUUACUUUUACCAUGGACUAUCCUGGCCACAGCUCUCCUACAUUGCAGAAGAUGAAAACGGAAAAAUUGUUGGUUAUGUCUUGGCAAAAAUGGAAGAAGAUCCAGAUGAUGUUCCACAUGGCCAUAUCACUUCUUUGGCUGUGAAGCGGUCUCACAGACGACUUGGUCUGGCACAAAAAUUGAUGGACCAAGCUUCUAGAGCCAUGAUCGAGAACUUCAAUGCUAAAUAUGUUUCUUUGCACGUGCGGAAAAGCAAUCGAGCAGCACUUCAUUUGUAUUCCAACACCUUGAACUUCCAAAUUAGUGAGGUGGAGCCCAAGUACUAUGCUGAUGGUGAAGAUGCAUAUGCUAUGAAACGAGAUCUCACCCAAAUGGCUGAAGAGUUGCGGAAACAGAUGGAAUUAAAGGACAAGAACCGUCCGCAACCCCUGAGCUCUAUAGAAAACAAAUCUGAUAAUAGGUCUGGUCAGGUUGGGGACUGCUGUCGAGAUGAGAAGUGUGUAGGAAACACAGGAAAACGUGAUGGAUUAGAGGACAGUGGUGACAGCAAGGACGUGAGUGAAGUCAGCGAGGCUACAGAGAGCACGGACGUCAAAGACAGCUCUGAGGCUUCAGACUCUGCUUCUUAA